UUUUCUCAAAGCUGAAAUCAGCCACGCUUUGUCAAACUGAGAGAGGCACACUCAUUCAGAACCUUCACUGGCUCCGGUUUCCAGCCUCCGAGGGCUCCAUGCCAGACAGACCGAGCAUGCGGGCCACACUUGCCAUGACAGCCUGGAUGGUUUCCUUAGUUUCCAGCUAUGAAAACACAGCAAUUAGUUUGCCAGGUAUCGAAAAUGAAGAUUUCAUCAAAGACUGUGUUCGAUUUCAUAACAAGUUCCGAUCAGAAGUGAAUCCAACAGCCAGUGAUAUGCUAUACAUGACUUGGGACCCAGCACUAGCGCGAGUUGCACAAACAUGGGCAAGAAACUGUCAGUUUGUACACAACGUUCAGCUGCAUUCAAGCUACAAGCUACAUCCAAAUUUCUCCUCUCUGGGAGAAAACAUCUGGGCUGGGUCUCUAUCUCUGUUUUCUGCAUCUUCAGCCAUCACAAACUGGUACGAUGAAGUUCAAUACUACGACUUCAGGACUCAGAAAUGCACCAAAGUCUGUGGCCAUUACACUCAGGUUGUUUGGGCGGCUAGUUACAAAGUGGGCUGUGCAGUACAGUAUUGUCCCAGCGUUCAUGGCACCAGUAUUUCCCACGGCGCGCUUUUCAUAUGCAACUACGGACCAGGACAAUACAGAAGUUGGCCAUACAGAGAAGGGUCCACCUGCAGUGCCUGCCCCAAUGAUGACAAGUGUUUGGAUAAUCUCUGCAUUAACCCACAACGAGACAAAGUCACACGUUACUACUCUAUUGUGUAUCCUGACUGGCCAGUAUCUGUGCGCAACAGGAACUUAUCUCUCUUUCUCAUUGUUAGUCCACCAAUCCUAAUACUGGGUGUCAUAAUGACCAUUUGGGUCAAGCACAGAUACCCUCAGUUCUUUUGAACUAAAUCCAGAAAAAAACCGCAACUCAUUCAUGUAUGGCUUAAAAAAAAAUAACGGUUGUAUUUAUUUCUUAUUUUAAAAUAUUUCAGAAAAAAAUGUUGCAAUAAACCCUUCAUCAAAAGAAAAA